GAUUCCGCGCAGGUUGAUCGAAGCGGCCGCAGCAGGUUGAGUGUACCUUAUCGCUAACGCUUCCACUUUUCAAGGCUUGAGACACAGUGAGACGACGGUGGACAGCGGGAGACAAAGCGUUCCGGACAACGGAUAGGCGAGGCUCGCGAACCGAGCUACCGUCAGUGUUUCGUUAUCCAUCGUAAUAUAUGCGUGCGCGUAAUCCCGCGUUAGUGACGCGUUUUAUCUGGAGCAGUGAGUGUUUUUUAUAUUCCUCUAGUUGGUGGUGAAAGUGUGUUAAACCGUGUUUUUAGUGGUUCUGGUUGUGAAAAACGACCUUCAAGUUGAAUUUUGGUUGAAACAGAGUGUUUUGCUGUGAAAUAUUGCGAAUAACGAUGGCUCGCGGAGAAGGUAAAGGUGAAAGUAUGGCCAAACUGGCCAAUCGGAUUGCCGCCGUCAAAUAUACACUGUUCUGCUUCAACAUCGUAGCGUGGAUCAUCGGAGCGGGACUGUUUGCCUUCACGAUCUACAUCCGGGCCGAGCCGGGCUUCGACGAAUGGAUUGCCCUGCUGGACAUCUACCAGUACUACAUCGGUGUGUACAUCCUGAUCGGAGCCGGAGCGCUGGUCAUGAUUUUCUCCUUUCUCGGCUGCUGCAGCGCCCUUAUGGAGCACUCGGUCGCCCUGUACGCGUUUAUCGGCACCCAAGUGUUUCUGUUUAUCGUAACCGUGGCCGGAUCGGCCAUCAUCUUGGACUUCUCAACCGUGAACUCCAGCAUCCAGCCGCUGAUCCGCCAAACCAUGAUUCGCUUCAUUAUGACCUCAGAGGAUCCACGCUCGUCUGCCGCACUCAAACUGAUCCAGGAAAAUAUCGGUUGCUGCGGGGCGGACGGUCCCAACGACUAUAUGGUCCUUCGUCAGCCACUUCCGCUGGAAUGUCGUGACACCGUCACCGGGAACGCCUUCUUCCACGGUUGCGUAGACGAAUUGACUUGGUUCCUGGAGGACAAAUCCAUCUGGGCUGCCGUUAUGGCCAUGAUUCUGUCAGCAAUUCACACCACCAACGUUGUCCUGGGUGUAGUCCUGGUGCAGGCCCUAAAACGCGAAGAGGAAGCCAUGUACAGACGCUAAGCAUUCGACCGAGGGAUUGCGACAGUUCGGACAGACAGAAUCCAAAUCCCUUCUUACCGCAGUACACCGGCGGCCAGCUAUUGACAGUUUUAUGACAGUUUUUCCUCUUUAUUUUGCAUUCAAUUAAUCUUAGUACCCUAUUUGAUAAAAGCCCACACUUGAGUAAGCCAACCUUUUUUUUUUGUCUGUUAGUUGUAAGUAAACAACGUAUAAUUUAAGAAUAAAUUUGCGUCCUGGAGUGGGGCGGGGGAAAGU